UUACAGCAAUAAAAAAUGUUUUCUCCCAUCAAUUUAUCUUCACCUAAAUCAUUUCAAGGAAGAAAUUUGACAGGCACUGCACGCGUUAUACAUGAUUUAGUUGCAGACAUUCAUGCAAAUAUACAACAAUGGAAUAAUUUUCAUAUUCAAGGAGUUACCUACUUAAAAGAUAUAACACAACAUAAAUAUAAUAAAAAUUAUUCUGAAAUUUUACAAAAUUUAUGUGAUAAGUUAGAAAAUAUUUGUGAUAAUCUGGAUAACAUAGUAAAAAACUUAGAACAAAUUAAAUAUAAAUUAAUAAACAUAUCAGCUUUGCAAAAAACUGAUGAUAAAUUGUUUAUAUCAUGGCCAACAAUCAAGUUUGGUGAGGCAGCCGAAACUAUACAUAAAGCAUAUGAAAUGGAAGCUAAAUUGAAACGCAAUUUACUUGAAAAUGUAGCCCAUAAUUAUACAGAAUCUUGGAAAAUGCUUCAUCUUGCGACAUGGGUAUAUGAACCUUUUAUAACUGAAAAUUUAACGAUUUUAUUAAAUUCAUUGUUUAUUGAAACUGGUCAUAAGUAAAAGUUCAAUGCAAUUUAAGC